AUGAGUGUAUACUCUGAAAAUUUCUUUCCAGUAGUAGACAGUAAACUUACUACAGCUGCUGAGGAUGGAGAUAUAGAAGCCUUAAAAUUAUGUCUACAGAAUGGUGCAGACAUAGAUAAUCAAGAUGAGUAUGGACAGACAGCAUUAAUGUUUGCUGCCCGGGAAGGACACCUGAAGAUCUGUCGUCUUCUCAUUGAUAAAAGAUGUAAGAUGGACAUCACAGAUGAGUAUGGAGAGACAGCAUUAAUGAGGGCUGCCAUGUAUGGACACCUGGAGAUCUGUAGACUCCUCAUUGAUACAGGAUGUAAGAUCGACACCACAUCAAUCAAUGGAUACACAGCUUUACAUUAUGCUGCUAUGUAUGGAUAUCUACAGAUCACAAGAUGUCUGGUAGAACAAGGAGGUGCCAGUUCCUUGGUUACAACACAUGAGCUGAAGUCAGUUCGUGCUGGACACAAAGGAGCCGUCACGAAGCUACUGGUGAAAUUCGACGAGUUAAAGUCAAAAACAGACACAGAAGUUGACGAAGUGAAAGCCCUUGAUGAUGCUGUCACGCAGAAACAGAAAACAUUGAUUGACCUGAAUAACAGACUUUUGGAACAGACAUCGGAGGAAAAUCUGGAGCAGGAAAUCACCGACUCAGAUGAGUAUAUGUACGAACUUGAUUGCAAAAUUAGACAAAUUCGGAAAUUCAUUAAGUCCUUUGAAACAAAUAUAAUUUCGCAUGAUACUGUUGGUCCUUCAGGAGCAGACUUAACCCUAACGCAUAUAAUUUCACACCCGAAGCAAGAGUUAAUAUGA